GUCAUUUCCGUUUUCGAUUCCGACGUCAUCCAACUCCGAAAGCCCGUGUGUUUUGUGUUUCUUUGGGGCCACGAUGAUUAUCGCUAAUUUAACAUUGAAACUUUUGAACGUGGAAUUAGGUUUCUUCAUGUCUUAAAACAUUUCAAAAACAUACCGACCAUAAAAGAGCAAACAUUGUGCUGGUCUUAAGACAGAAAAAUAAGCAACCUAUAAAGAUAGUUAAAAAGCUAUUGUGUACAUAAAGAAAAACUGAAGCAAACUUAACGUGACUCGUGACUGGAGUAUACACGUCGGAAAUAUUAAAAACAUGGGCAUUCAAGACUUGCAAACUUUCCUGGCCAGCACGUGCGUACGUGGGGGAUCUAUACCUGUAGACUUGUUGAAAAUAGCGCGUAUGGUCGCUCAAAAAUCACAGCGCACGCGUGUGAUUAAAGGACAGCAGCUGCAUAAUUUCGGUAAAUUGAGACUGGUUCUCGACGGAGAAUGUUGCUUGGAUCGAUUGUACGGUGGAUUUUUCUCAGAUUGGGCUUGUGGUGGACAAUGGAACCGUAUGCUUCAAUUUCUUGCUGUUCUUAUACAAGCAAUGGAAAUGUCGGGUUUGGAGGUAGCUGUAUUCUUCAAUGGAUGUUUCGAACCUCUUCGGAGAGCAGAUUGGGUGCAACAUCAGUUGCAAGUACGCGCUAAAGUUAACAAUGUCUUGAAACAUAUAACAACGAAAGGUACGCCGCCACCGAAAAUCUGGUGGACUCCUCCUGUAUGUUUAAGGACCAGUUUACGUAUGGCUCUCAGGCAUCUGAAUGUCACAGUUUUGAGUAGCAUGGACGACCAUCACCAAGAAGUCAUUGCUUAUUGUCGUGAGAAUACGUACAAUGGACUGAUAGCUGAUGAUGCGGAAUACGCUGCAUUCGAUCCUCCACGUUAUUUCUCAUCCGAACAAUUAAAACUUACGUACAAGGGUUCUCUCGAUACAAAAGAAUAUAUGCUUUCUGAACUCACUAAAGCUCUCAACAUACCAUCUGACAGACUGUGCAUAUUGGCAGCUUUACUUGGAAAUUACAUAUUGACCGAAAACGACUUGGCCGAUUUUUACAAAAAUAACAAUAUUAGCACCAACGUGCUGAAUAAGACAAGCGUUGAACAAAUGAUUAAAAUAAUUGCGACGUUUGUCAAGGAACUUCCAUCUGCAGAAUUGGACGUGGUCUCGCAAAAGGUGUUUGGUUCCGUCUCCGAUCCAAGAUGUUCAAAAUUGAGACAAUCUGUUCAAUACUAUUUAAACGGAACAAAAGAGGGAUUUUUGCAUUAUAAGCCUGUGAAACCGACAAAAAUCCACAAACUGGAUUCCAAACCGAGCACACAGACUCACGCAAACUUAUCCGACAUACCAUCAGGUUCGGAAGGUGAUUCUACGUUGGAGACGUCGAGAUUUGCCUCUGAAACUUUGGAAAGCGAACGUGAAAGUUUGAACGCGUACAAACAGGCAACGGCUAAUGCAAAGACGGCGCCGCAAAUUGUGAUCGAUCCACCUGGUAUUCAAGGUCACGGAGAUGUCGAUGCCAUACGUACAGAGGAAGAGCAAACAGGCGACGGACAUGUCAUCAAUGGUACUCACAAUCUCUUGAUAAGCUCGUCAAGUUCGAGUAGUAGCUCCUCGGCGACAUCGCCAUCUCAUGCGACAGCCGCAUCUGCGAGACAACCGGAGAACGCGACUAGUAUUCCUACUACAUCACCAGAAGUUAUGCGUACCGCCUCGGAACGUCAUCAGAAGGGGCUUAUGUCACCGUACAUCUAUCAAAUUCUCAUCGCUGGUGAAAUCAAAUUACCGGUUCUUCUAGAAGACGAGAAUCACCGUGAAUUUCCUUCUAUUCAUGUGAUUUAUAGACCAAUUCGACAAAUGGUGUACGCAAUUCUUUUUAAUCUCCAUCACCGGAUGUAUCUAGCUACGAAAAGUAAAGAAAAAGGUGAUAGUGAACAGGUUGAGAUACCGGAUGUAAUAAUAAAAGAGUGGGUAUGGUCCAAGUCCAAUCCAUAUCAGACUCCUGAAUUAGUGAAAGCAGAGCAGAUUGGCUGGGGCGUGCCUACGAUUCAACGUUUGUGGUUUGGCACAGUCAUAGAUGAUAAGCGGCGGAGACUUAGGGGUUUCCUGACUUGUAUGAGAUCAGACACGCCUCUCAUGCUAAAUACUUCAUACGUACCGCAACAUCUACUGGUCAUGGCCUGUGUUUUAAGAUACAUUAUGUCUUUUUCUGACAAAAUAAAAAUCUUGCGCCGUCAGGAGUUAGACGCUUUCAUUGCGCAAGCCUUUUCACCCGAGCUUAUGAAUGCUCAGUAUUUGCAGGAUUUGCAGCUUCCAUUAGUGACAUCACGCGGUGUACAACUGGCUACUUUAUUCAUGGCUGGUGUCGAGACCGCAUUGUUAGCGAACGAUGCUUGUGGCGCGCCGAUUCCAUGGUUAAUGUGCUGUCCUUGGCUUUACUUUGACGGAAAAUUGUUCCAUCAUACGUUGGCUCGUGCUACUAUCGCCAAAAACUUAUUGGAAUUAUGCAGCGGUCAUAUCGACCGCGUUGUAAAGGUCGAGAGGAUGAGAAAAGCUAUACUUGAGGGAAUUAACGUUGUGUUUGCACGACCACCUUUACCUGUCACACCAGGUAUUCGUGUAUCAGUUCCCUCCAAUAUUUUGCCUGCUAGCUGUACCAUUAAUGACGGGUUAAUGCGCGGUCGUGGCAGUGGCACGUUACCGCAACGCGGUUUAAUGCGUCGUCCAAUCCCUUCGCGUGGUGGUCAACUGGAAAUCGCUGGUGUCGUAGUUGGUCAAUGGGGCCCGAAUUAUGGACAGCCUGGUCGACUUCCGCAACCCUUGCAGGGGCACCCACGUGGGCGAAUUCCACCGCAGGUAACUUCUAUUGGUGGACUUAAAUACGGUCUUCCUCGUGGAUUUAAUCCGAUAAGCCGACCGACGUUUCAAACACGCGGGGCUACCCGUGCUCCGAUCGCUGGACGUGGCAAAAAGACUCAAAUGAAGGUGUCUAGCAAAAAGAAAACUACUAUUAAGAAGACCAAGGAAACUGAGAAGAAAGACAGCAAGGGGCGUGGUAUCACUGUUGAUGGAAUUACUGCGUAUAAUGAAACUCAAACCGACAACGCUCGUGCACUACUGACAAAAGACGCACUGCCAGUACCAGGUCAGUUUGAUGAUGCAGUAGAGAAUGGUAAAGGCAUGGAAAAGGGACAAGGCGACGCACCGCUCGUUACUGCGGUUGCCACGGAAAAUUAGAUAUAAAAGAAAAACUUCUCGAAAAAUGACUGUACGCCCAAAUAAUGACUCAAGACUGUUAACAAUCUACUUAUAUAUUCUGAGCACGUGUGCACCAGUAACAUUUAAAUAUCGAUUUUCGAACGUGUUACACAAAAGUUUUUGUUACGUCUUACGUACAAAAUUUAAUAUUAUUAAAUUAAAUUAAUUAUUAAUUUAGAUCAAAAUUUUUUGGCUGAUACUUUUCGGGGAAAUCUGUAUAUUAUCCGCAGAUUAUACGGCUUAUCAAAAACGUUAUUCCAACUAGACUUGAUCAAAUACUCUGUUACCAUUUGAUAUCAGACAAUGUAGAGCAGAUUUAUAAUCGGUAACAGUUAUCAUGACUUGGAAUUAUAUGAAAUUUAUUUGCACGUAUCUGGCUUUUUUUUUUAAUUAAAACUAAUAUAGAAGUUUAAUACAUUAAUAAGAAAUUAAUGUAAAAUAUAUUGAAGAAAACAGUUUUUUAUCUUUAAAACAUUGAUAGCUAUUUAAAAACUCUGUCUCUGUCUCUAAAUGUUACAUGCACACGAGCUCUAAAGCUCUGAUGGGUCCAAAAUAUUGAUCUAAUAAUAGGCGACAAGAAAUCUUUACUUACGGUGUCUCGAUAGCACGCGGCACGAUGUAAAGAUUUUACCCGUUAUUGACGUAUGCGAUAUAUGAUGUCCUCACUGCCAAACGUACCACUCUGUAUAAGAUAGAAAGACAAAAAAUCGUGCUUGUGCUAAAAAAAAUGCGAGCGAGCUAACCUUGCUCGGCGUACCAUGGAAUGGAACUCGACUGAUUAGUGUAUGCGUGCGCUAAUUUUACUACUCAGAACAAAUCGUCUCAGCUGCUAUAAGUAUUUAAUUCUUAAGAAGUGUGAUUAUUUUUUUUACAUGAAAAUAUAUAUUUUCCGGUAUUAUAUGAAAUGCUCGCUACGAUGUAUCUCAGUGCGUCGAUCUGAUCGACAAGGGAAGUAGUCUGAUAUACACAUGGACACACAUAUAUAUACGCCAUAUUACACAUGAUAGCGCAUACGUGAUUUUUGUAGAUAAAAACGAUGUCAGACGGGACACUGAGAUAGUCCGUAGCACAUGGAGACUGAUGCUUUUCAUAUAGGUAAAAUAUAUAUUUAUAUAUAUACAUAUAUUAUUUAGAUUAGAGUUCUCAUGCAUAUAUAUUAUACGUAAGUUGUGCCUGUGUAAAGCGUGUAAAUGUAUUGUACCUGAGUACGAGUGCAUGAGAGAAAAUUGUGCAUGAUUAGAGCGUGUGCACGUACAAGAAUGAAUGAGAGAGAAAGAGGAAAAAGGAGAACGAGAGUAAGAGUAAGAAUGAGAGCGAGUGAAAGCGAGAGCGAGAGAGAGAGAGAGAGAGAGAGAGAGAGAGAGAGAGAGAGAGAGAGGAGGCGAGAGUGAGAAAGAAAGAGAGAGAGAGAGAGAGAGAGAGCGCCACGAUAAUGAUGUACAUAAACGUGGCAAUACAUCGUUAUUAUAUCGUUAUAAACACGUAUAAAUACGGAUAUAUUUACCGUAUGUAUAUGUGUGUACGUGAUCUAGAUCAUAUAUUUAUUUGCGUUGGAGACGUGUGCGAACGGGUUUCUCGAAUGGAAUUUAAGGUUUAGAUACGAUACUGUUUCUAUCUAACAACAGACUUGAGGCUUAUCAUAAGGGUGUCUAAUAUAAGAGAUUGUUGAGAAGUAAUCCUUAUAAUAUGCCUCAUGUUGUUUAGAAAAUAUGCUACACUACGGUGCAUAUAUGGUAUACGUUGUUAGUUCUAAAACCAUUAGAAACAUUUAGUUUAUUAAGUUUAUAUUAACACUAUAUUAUAAUAUAUAACAACAUAUUAUAUAUAUAAAAAUUAAUUUUAUAUGAUAAACAAGUUUAUAUUUGUGACGGAAAUUGAAUGAUACACGUUUCAUAUUAUAAAUAUAUAAUAUUAUCAUAUUAUAUAUAAUAUUUAUAUUAUAAUACGUGUAUAAUAUGAGAUGUAUAUAUCAAAUCAAUUUCGACAUUUUAGUUUGAUGAAAAUUGACAUAACACAUAAAAUGUCACAAAUUGGUUGUUAAAUAAAAUAUUUAAAGAAAGAAUUAAUUUUAUUACGUUUAAAAAAGAAAACGAGCUUCUGGGCGCACGUCUAGUGUAGCAUAUUUCGAAAAACAUUUUUCGUUUAAUUGUACAUAUAAACAGUUGCUUUAUAAGUGACGUAGUGUGCGUGAUAUAUACUGUAUAUAUACAGAAUCCAGAUGCGUUGAUGUUUCGUACGCAUCGGAAUAGGAGAUGAUUAUGUUAAAAAUAUGCUAUUUAUGUGUAGAAUAGUCUAAAAGACUUUCUACCAAAGAUCAUCGGAGUUUAAAAGAGAUAAAACGAGGGUUCUUUUAUCAAUAGAAAUGAUAUAUAACAGCGAAAUAACAAGACAGCACGACAGAACACGAUUAUUAAAAUAAGUAACAAAGACGAGGCAGACACAUGUCUAAGACGUGUGUACGAAGGUGAUUAAAGCGAGUAAAAAGAGAAAACCAUUUAUUGAGAUAAUAUAAUGAGAUAUGAUGAUAAGAUAAAAUGUUAUAUUUUUGUAGAUUUGUUAUUGCGUAAAAUGCAUUAGGACAAUGAGAACCUUAAUAUAAUUUGAGUAAAGUGACAGUUGACGAGUCUGAGAAUAGUUAAAGGAGCAACAUCAUUCUGUGAGAAAGAGACGGAGAGAGAGAGAGAGAGAGAGAGAGAGAGAGGGGAGGGGUGAAGAAAGACAGACGAAAGUGCUUUAAAUGGCAUGUUAAGAAAAUGACAUCCGCGGAUAAAUUUGCCGAAAAGAAGAAAAAACGAAUCCCAUGUUCUCCUACAUUUCCAAAGCUCUCAGUUUCCUGAGUUGCAUGUAGGAACAGGAAAGAAAAAAAAAGAUAUGUAACGUAUAUAUGAAUAACAGAGAAAUGAAUUAUAACAUAAUAUAAUGUCAGGUUCGAUGUGCGCGCAGAGUAUAAGUGGAAAUACGUCGACUGUUUUAUACGCGAUGCAUAUGCGAAGUAAUCAACGUUUGCUUAACACGUAUUUGUCUCGACGAGCGUCUGUAAAUCAUACGUUUCACGGAUAAAUGUAAUAUGAUUUUUGUAAUCAUUCGAGUCUCAUAACACGUGCGAUUAGCGUACGAACGCUUACGAUUACUUUGCAAGGUACGUUGCAAUGCACUAAAUAUCGAUCGCCGAUACGAUGUUCCUUUCUAAAGGUAAAUUUCGAGACGUGACAAAGCCGCGUUCGUUUCGAACGCGUACACACAUGUUGCACACAUAAAUACAUAUAACACGUACUAGAAGCCGACCUUCUUGAAUCUGACGAAAUACGACGUUGAGAGUAAAACGCCACUUUACGCUUUUACGUAAAGAUAGAUGAUUUUCUUUCUGAGAAAUCGAACUCUUAUUGAUAUAAUACCGGAUAUAAAACAAAUAAAGACAUAAAUAACGAACGUAUGCAACGUGAACAGUUGCCGCUGCUACUGAUACGAGUAUGCAACAAUAAUAAUAACGUGAAAUAAUUUAAUGUAAACGCGAAGCGUAAUGCAAAAGCCGAAAAAACGAAAAAAAAGAAAAAGAGAAUUCACAUUUGAACAUACAACAGAAAGCAGAAAUGUUGAAAACAAGGAAACUCGCAUAAAGCAUUAACGACGUGUAAAAAACAGGCGCGCAAGCCGCCUGCUUUUUGUUGAACGAAGUAGAAAAGUGGGGCCCACGAAAGUCGUCUAUGAUAAUACCGUAACAUACCGUUAAAAGUUAUAAAUAAUCUAUCGUAUUUAUGAAGUAACAAUCUAUAAUGAUCUUUGAAACAUUGUGUGUUGUGAACAGAUACGUAAUAACAGGAAAACAAAUUUAUUGUAUACACCAAGUAAAUACUAAAUUCUCGAUAAUCUUGCUGGAAUGACAAAACGACUGUCGUGUAACGAAGAAACGGUUGAUUGAAUCGCGCGGACGUCAUUUUAGAUCGACGUGUCGCGCGCGUUAAUAUACGAGACGUCGUUGCGAAAUAUAACGCGCUCGAUUUUUCCAAAGGAAACGGCUACGUCUCAUUUCGUUUCGACGCUACUUUUCUAGCACGGAGUAUUAAACGAUGUACCGCCGAGUAUAGGAUUCACGUUACGUAACACUUGCAAACAUGUAUUCACAAACAGUUGAAUCCUUUAUUCAGAAGAAAAAGUCCCGCUUUCUUACACAUCUCUAUAUAAGUUACCGUCCUCUUUCUUUUAUACCUUAUAGUGCCUUAGGUUGCCCCGCGAGAAUCUUGAAAGAAAAAAGAUUGAUGUUUAAUUUCAAUAACUUGUUUUAAAUGGUAGUUGAGGUUGAGGGGAGGAAAAAGGAAGAAGAAAAAAAAACGUGUAUUAUAUAUUACGUUUCGCGUAUUCUUUAGAUGUGUACGCGACGAGAGAGAGACGGGCAUCGUGUCACAUAUAUGUAUACCCGCGUGUUUUUCCUUAUCUUUUAACUUCUAACCGCCGUAGCCUAUACCGAGUAGAAUCGAUUUUUUCAUAGCGAUCCGACGUUAUAAGCAUACGAACGAAAGAGAGGGGCCAGCUUCCGGGUUGCGCCUUCGACACUCUAAAAUUUUAAGUUUCCUCCUUAACGUAGCUUUGCUUAUAUACGUAAUAUGAGAUAUAAACUAAAGUAACGAGAUAGAGCGAACGCGCAAGUAAUAAUGUAAUAAAGUAAAAAGAUUAAAAAAAGAAAAAAAGAUAUCGAUGUAGAUGAAGAAAAAAAACGCACGUGGGCCCCGAGACACACACCUUAUAAUAUUCUUAUUAAAUAUUACAUAACGUAUAAUACUACGCUAUUAUUUUUCAUAGGGGAGGAAAAGAUUACCCGCAUACGCGCGAUAACAUGUGUAUAUUUGAUAAUCAUUAGUACGUUUGUUUUCUCCGUUUUCUUUUCUUUUCUUUUCUUUUUUUUUUUUACUUUCUCUUAUAUCCGAAGAAAGGAAAAAUGUAACGACGCGAAAGCGCAUGGGAUAUAUUAAUUAUAUAUAUAUAAAGAUGAACGAAAUAUACGCCUAUUACACAUUUAUGUGGAUGUAUCUGUGUGAGAGAAGAGAAACGCCCUUUCAAGCUUUUCAACUUGAGGCACGUGCACCGUGUUUCGGAAUAGUCGCCUGUCGCUCGAGUUUCCGGUUUUACGAAGGGGAAAGAAGGUUGGGAGAGGAAGAGGGCGGAUGAUCGUUCGUUGAUCCGAAAGAACUGUACAUGCGCUCAGCUGUUAUUGAUAAUUAUAUAAUUUGACUUGGAUGGGUCGGUCAGCGGUGGCGAUCACGAUCUGUGAAUUCGUUUCGAAUCACACCUUUUUCUGAAGCACCAUUCCAGUGCCCCCCGACCGAUGUGCUAUUAUCGGAUAGAAUCUAUCAAGUAGAAUGAGAAGCCUUUUUUUUCGCACGAAGAAGAAAAUUAUAUUUGUAGCACGUCGCGUGCCGUGAUAUAAUCGAUUAACCCGCGAGGGAGAUCGCCACGUCGUACGUAGCCGAUCCAUUCGCGGUCCUCGCAUUUAAUAUAAACGCAGCUGUAUUGAUGUAUUCUUGUUGGAUUAUUAAUACCAUUGUAAACGAUUUACUGUUGUAACAUAUAUCCACGUCAUGUCUGGUGUCGAGCAGAGCUGAUUCUGAUGCUUUCGCUAGUUCGAGACGAGUCGAGGGAUCGCGCGCGUAAAUUUCCGAGUAACUCUAUAUUAUUCGUACGACUUCCGUGAUCCUGGGAGGGUUGUUGCACGAUUUGGGAAAAAAAAGGAAGCCAAGAGGGGAAAAGAGAACAAAGAGAAUCAGUGCUGACGAGAACACGAGGCAGAACCGAAAAAAGAAAAGAUUAUCGUAACUCUAAAGACACAUUUAAUCUACUUUUAAAAACUGAUACAUAUUUGGAGAGUAGCAGGUAAAAUAAUUAAUAUAAAUGUAGUGGCAACUCUAUAUAAUAUUACUGCAAAGAGAGAGAGAGAGAAAAAAAAGAUAUGUACGAAUGAUUAUUCAAAGUAUAAAAUGCGAAACGCACUCUUAAUGGAUGUUAUAACGAUUUAGAAACUACUUAAAUUGCAUUAUUGAUACUCGCUGUAAAUCUGACUUUUGGAGCGCAAGUGCUCUGCGCUCUUCUCGUGCCUCGCGAGCCAUCGCAUCGACUAACGUGCGGAAAUUUUCCCGGGAGAGAAAGCGAGAGCAGAGCACGUGAUCCAAUUGGCAGAUAAAUUCAAGUUUCCUCCUUUUUUUCAAGAGCAUAAUAUUUAACCCUUUAUUUAUCUUCUACGAACGCAACCUCUCACAACACACAUACACACGCGAAAUUAGAAUAUUUAAAGUUUUGUAGAGUCCUCCGCGUUCAGUUUAUAAAGUAGCCCUGCGCGGCAUGUUGUGCAGCUUUUGUAAAAGAUAACAAACUUUCAAUCGAGUCCUGUAAGAAAGCUCUUAGCACGAGUAGGGAGGAGAGAGAGAGAGAGAGAGAGAGAGAGAGAGAGAGAGAGAGAGAGAGGGAGGGGAGGGAGAGGAAGGAGGCGAGAGAUUCGGAUAUGGUUGGCUGGUAUUUUCGAAAGUUUAAUGAUUUAUUGAAAACGUGUUGUCAUGUCUUAAAUACAAUUAAAAGAAUAUGAAAAAAUUA